GUGAGCGCGGCCGAGGCUGGGCGUCCCGUCCCGUCCCGCUGCGGCCGGAGGGGAGGGGAGGGGCCGGGCCGGGCCGUGCGGCGAGGUGAGUCCGGGAGCCGCGAGUCGCAGGAAGCGAAGCCUGGUGUUUCUUAAGAUGGCCUGAUAUGAAGGAGUCACGCUUCCAAGGCCCCAGAGCUGCUGUGUGGCUGCCUUGUCUUUCAAGUGCAGGAGCUGGUUGAGAUGUCGGGAAUGGAAGCCAAUGUGACCAUCCCAAUCUGGCAAAACAAGCCCCAUGGGGCUGCUCGAAGUGUAGUGAGAAGAAUUGGAACCAACCUGCCCCUGAAGCCAUGUCCUAGGGCAUCCUUUGAGACUCUGCCCAAUAUCUCUGAUUUAUGCCUGAAGGAUGUGCCCCCAGUCCCCACUCUGGCAGACAUUGCCUGGAUUGCUGCAGAUGAAGAGGAGACAUAUGCCCGGGUCAGGAGUGAUACACGCCCUCUGAGGCACCCUUGGAAACCCAGCCCUCUGAUUGUUAUGCAGCGCAAUGCCUCUGUACCCAACCUCCGAGGGUCUGAGGAGAGACUCCUAGCAUUGAAGAAGCCAGCCCUGCCAGCCCUAAGCCGUACCACAGAGUUGCAGGAUGAGCUGAGUCACCUGCGCAGCCAGAUUGCUAAAAUCGUAGCAGCGGAUGCAGCUUCAACAUCAUUAACACCAGAUUUCUUAUCUCCAGGAAGUUCAAAUGUCUCUUCUCCCUUACCUUGUUUUGGAUCCUCAUUCCACUCUACAACUUCCUUUGUCAUUAGUGACAUCACCGAGGAAACUGAGGUAGAGGUCCCCGAACUUCCAUCAGUCCCCCUGCUUUGUUCUGCCAGCCCAGAAUGUUGCAAAACGGAACACAAAGCUACCUGUAGCUCAUCUGAAGAGGAUGACUGCAUCUCUCUAUCAAAGGCCAGCAGCUUUGCAGAUAUGAUGGGGAUCCUGAAGGACUUUCACAGGAUGAAACAGAGCCAAGAUCUGAAUCGGAGUUUACUGAAGGAAGAAGACCCUGCUAUCCUUAUCUCUGAGGUCCUCAGGAGGAAAUUUGCUCUGAAGGAAGAGGACAUCAGUAGAAAAGGAAACUGAGAGCCUUCAGCUUUGAAAACUCAGUCUCCUGCUCCUGGAUUCCUUCAAUAGCUGCCUUUCUCACCGCAGAUGUUUCUGCCUCUCAAUUAGACAUCUUCUGCAACAGUCUUGCCGAAAGCUCAAGCUUGGACUGAAAAAGAGCUCAAUUGUGUAUCUCCCAUUCAUCAAACCUUAGCAGAAGCUAAGGUCUAUUUGAAGAUAAGGCACUUGUCACAGAUAAAUGUUUAGUCUGGAUUAUCUCAGUCUAAAGGGUGAGGUAUAUAAAUUUCUGUUUUUUUUUUUUUCUUUUACCCCUGUGUGAAAAUAGGUCCUAAAUGUAUGACUUGCUCCACUGCAUUAGUCACCAUAACUGGUCUCACUGGACACUUGGUGCCCAUAUGUCACUCACUCUCAGUGGCUUCCUCGAAGCAGAGCAGGACUGAACUGAGUGGGGAGGGACUGUUCACGUAUUUAUUCACAAGUCAGGGAAAAUCUUUUGCUGCUCCAUCAUGAACCACACCACACCCAGCAAUUACCCUAUUCCUCUUCUCACAUCUAGAUGUAGGUCAGGCCACUGGGCCAGCUGACUGUUGGAUUGCUGUUGGGAGGUCUGGGCUGUUUUUUUUCUUAAAUGUAUUUUGUAAUACUCUACAACCAAAUCUACCCUCCAAAGCUCUGGGUCAUCAGUUCCAUUGAUUUAAAAAAAAAAAACAAAAAAACUUUCUCUUCUGAGAACUUUAGUUAAACCCAGUAGGAAAGAGAAAAAGGGAGGAAAAGAGCUUACAUCUUUCUUCUGACUGCUUUGCUUUGGGCCAAGGUUUGUACCUACUAUAUCAUGCAUGAUUCAGAUACCCUAAGGUCCUUUUCUAUAUGGUAUGUAUACUGUGUGUUUGGGUUGAAGCACUACCUAACAUUAAAGGAAGGGAUUUGAAGAGA